AUGGGCAGCCAGGGCUCCAAGGCGGCCAAGGCGGACGGGAACGCCGCCGACACCGAGCCCGCGAAGGCCAACGGGCAGGAGAAUGGCCAUCUGAGGUUCAAUGGGGACAUGACACCCAAGGUGGGGGGCCAGGCUGUACCCCUGAAUGGGAAUGGCUCAGCUGAACCCCUCAAAGAGGAGAACAAGGAGGAGGAGGAUGGUGGAGACACCAUCGAGCCUGCUCCCCCUGCCGAAGGGGGGGAGGCUCAACCUGAAGGUGCUGCAGCCCCCAAGGACACCCCCAAGAAGAAGAAGAAGUUCUCCUUCAAGAAAUCCUUCAAGCUGAGUGGGAUCUCCUUUAGGAAGAACAAGAAAGAAGCUGGGGACUCCUCUGGGUCCUCUCCCACGGAGGACCAAGGCAAGGCAGAGGCCAGGGGCGAGGAGAACCCCACUUGCUCGGGUGGGGGGACGGAGCCAUCAGCUCCCCCCGAGGAGGGGACAGCGGAGGAGGAGCCUGGCAAGCCCGAGGAGAGCCCUGCCGAGGGGCAGCAGGGAGCUGAGCCCAAGAGGGAGGAUGCAGAGGCAGGGGGAAGCAAGGAGGAGGAGAAGCAGCAGGCAGGGGAGAGCCACGGGGACACAGCCAAACCAGAGGAGCCCUCAAAACCCGCAGAGCCUGAGCCUACACCAGCUCCAGCAGAGCAGAAGGAAGAGUAG